CCUCCUCCCGCUCCUCCCGCUCCGGCUCCUGCUCUUUGCAGCCGCCGCCGCCGCCGCAGCCUCCCCCUCGGCGCUGGGGGAACUUUUCCACUCCCUGUGACCGUCUCCCCCGCCGCCCCCCGGGGCAAGCCCCCGGCCUGCCCGCCCGCCCGCGGCCGUCCUCCCCGCCCGCGCCUCAGCGCCUCUGCGCCUCGGGAAGUUUAUCCGCCCGCCCUCCUCCCCUUCCUCCUCCUCCUCCUCUUCUCCACCCCGCCUCCCCUCCCUCCCCCGGCUCUUUCCCCCGGGUGGCUGCCGCCGCCGCCGCCGCCGCCGCCGCUGCCAGCCUGCUCCUCGGCCAGCCGCGCCGCCCAGCGCUGGGAAGCCCCCAGCCCCGUGCACCGCUCGGCUGCAGCCGCCGCCGCCGCCGCCGCCAGUGGCCAGCCGCCGGCCCUCGGCCCCGCAGAGUUCCGGGCUCCCUCGCCGGCUGCGCCGCCCCGCCCCGCCUCGCGCCUCCCAGCGCCGCGCCGACCUGCAGCGCCCGGCUGCUCGCACUCCGCCUCCCUGGGCUCAGCCCCCGGCUCAGCACCCGGCCGCGGCGGGACCAGAGUUGUACAAUGGUAGAUGGAGUGAUGAUUCUUCCUGUGCUAAUGAUGAUUGCAUUCCCCUCCCCAAGCAUGGAAGAUGAGAAGCCCAAGGUCAACCACAAACUUUACAUGUGUGUAUGUGAAGGUCUCUCCUGUGGGAGUGAGGACCACUGUGAAGGCCAGCAGUGCUUCUCCUCAUUAAGUAUCAAUGAUGGCUUCCAUGUCUACCAGAAAGGCUGCUUCCAGGUCUACGAGCAGGGCAAGAUGACCUGCAAGACGCCGCCAUCACCGGGCCAGGCUGUGGAGUGCUGCCAAGGGGACUGGUGUAACAGGAACAUCACGGCCCAGCUGCCCACUAAAGGGAAGUCAUUUUCUGGAACACAGAAUUUCCACCUGGAGGUUGGCCUCAUCAUUCUCUCAGUCGUGUUUGCAGUAUGCCUUCUAGCUUGUCUCCUGGGAGUUGCUCUCCGAAAAUUUAAAAGGCGCAACCAAGAACGCCUCAAUCCUAGAGAUGUGGAGUAUGGCACCAUUGAAGGACUCAUCACCACCAAUGUUGGCGACAGCACUUUAGCAGAUUUACUGGAUCAUUCAUGUACGUCAGGAAGUGGUUCUGGUCUUCCUUUUCUGGUACAAAGAACAGUGGCUCGCCAGAUUACACUAUUGGAGUGUGUUGGGAAAGGCAGGUACGGCGAAGUAUGGAGGGGCAGUUGGCAAGGGGAAAAUGUAGCCGUGAAGAUCUUCUCCUCUCGGGACGAGAAAUCUUGGUUCAGGGAGACUGAAUUGUAUAACACUGUGAUGCUGAGGCAUGAAAAUAUUUUAGGUUUCAUUGCUUCAGACAUGACAUCAAGACACUCCAGUACUCAGUUGUGGUUAAUUACACAUUAUCAUGAGAUGGGAUCCUUGUAUGACUAUCUUCAGCUCACUACUCUGGAUACAGUUAGCUGCCUUCGAAUAGUGCUGUCCAUAGCCAGUGGUCUUGCACAUCUGCAUAUAGAGAUAUUUGGGACCCAAGGGAAACCAGCCAUUGCCCAUCGGGAUUUAAAAAGCAAAAACAUCCUGGUGAAGAAGAAUGGACAGUGCUGCAUAGCAGAUUUGGGCUUGGCUGUCAUGCAUUCCCAGAGCACCAAUCAGCUUGAUGUGGGAAACAACCCGCGGGUAGGCACCAAGCGCUACAUGGCUCCCGAAGUUCUAGAUGAAACCAUCCAAGUGGAUUGCUUUGAUUCUUACAAGCGGGUUGAUAUUUGGGCCUUUGGACUUGUUCUGUGGGAAGUGGCCAGGCGUAUGGUAAGCAAUGGUAUAGUGGAGGAUUAUAAGCCACCAUUCUAUGAUGUGGUUCCCAAUGACCCAAGUUUUGAAGAUAUGAGGAAAGUAGUCUGUGUUGAUCAACAGAGGCCAAACAUACCCAACAGAUGGUUCUCAGACCCGACACUAACCUCUCUGGCCAAGCUGAUGAAAGAAUGCUGGUAUCAGAAUCCAUCUGCAAGACUCACAGCUCUGCGUAUCAAAAAGACUUUGACCAAAAUUGAUAAUUCCCUAGACAAAUUGAAAACUGACUGUUGACAUUUUCGUGGUGUCAAGAAGGAAGAUGUGACAUUGUUGUUGUCCAGCUGGGACCUCAUACGGCCUGACUGGCUGUCAGAACAGAAUCCCUGUCUCCCUCCCCAAGUGGCUGCUCUGACAAGGCAGAUAUCUUACCCAGCUGUGUGCUGGGGAGACACCAAAACCACCCUAACCUCGCUCAACGACUGUGAACUGGGCAUUUCACGAACUGUUCACACCACAGAGACUAAUGGUGGGCAGACACUGCUGCAAAGGUAGGGAACUGGAGGAACACAGAGAAAUCCUAAAAGAGAUCUGGGCAUUAAGACAGUGGCUUUUGCAUAUCUUUCACAGGUCUCCUAGACACUCCCCACGGGAAACUCAAGGAGGUGGUGAAUUUUAAUCAGCAAUAUUGCCUGUGCUUCUCUUCUUUAUUGCACUAGGAAUUCUUUGCAUUCCUUACUUGCACUGUUACUCUUAAUUUUAAAGACCCAACCUGCCAAAACAUUGGCUUUGUACUCCACUGGGCUGUCUUUGGAUAAUAGGAAUUCAAUUUGGCAAAACAAAAUGUAAUGUCAGACUUUGCUGCAUUUUACACAUGUGCUGAUGUUUACAAUGAUGCCGAACAUUAGGAAUUGUUUAUAUACAACUUUGCAAAUUAUUUAUUACUUGUGCACUAAGCAGUUUUUACAAAACUGCUGUGUGCAAAUGUUAAAGCUUAUUUUUAUGUGGUCUUAUGAUUUUAUUACCGAAAUGUUUUUAACACUAUACUCUGAAAUGGACAUUUUCUUUUAUUAUCAGUUAAAUUCACAUUUUAAGUGCUUCACAUUUGUAUGUGUGUAGACUGUAACUUUUUUUUCAGUUCAUAUGCAGAACGUAUUUAGUCCAGUACCCAUGUGACACCACCGAAUAUAUUACUGAUUUAGAAGCAAAGAUUUCAGUAGAAUUUUAGUCCUGAACGCUGUGGGGAAAAUGCAUUUUCUUCGGAAUUAUCCAUUAUGUGCAUUUAAACUCUGCCAGAAAAAAAUAACUAUUUUGUUUUAAUCUACUUUUUGUAUUUAGUAGUUAUUUGUAUAAAUUAAAUAAACUGUUUUCAAGUCAAACAGUGAAAUUGUUUUUUAGUGUAUGAAAAAGAUCUGCAUAACAUAAAGCAUUUUGCAAUAGAAACACAAAAUUUGUAAACUGAUUUUGCUUUUCAGUUCUGAUGAUGACCUUGAGGGUACAAUAAUGAUGUACUACAGCUUGAAUUUGGUAUCAGAAAAUUUGAUUUCUAUCUGUUUCUUCUCUUGGCUGUGGUUAUCUUUUUCCCUUUAGUUUCCCCAGCUAUAAAUCAGUUCUGUUACAGAACUCUCUGACCUGCCUUUCUCCCAAGGAGACUGCGAAUACAAGUGGGAGGAAGGGUAGCAAAGCAUUCGGUUUAGUAGUAAGUCCGAUGUGAGCGUAAAGCGGUCUUAGUCCUUAGUCCCACCUUGCUGCUUGGGAGAGUCCGAUCUUGGUGUUUCUCACUUCUUGUAUGCAGCAGGAGUCGAAACAGUAGGGUUUAGAGCAGUCCAAUAAGAGAAGAGGGGAGAAAAUCCUCGAGCGUCCUGCAGAGGUAAGUUAGUAACCUCAUUAGCAUGCCUUCACUCGGAAAGGAUAUAUUCUAGUCACAUUUAGUGUCUUUGAAAAUUAAAAAAUAGAUUUUUGAUUCAUGUUAUACAUAACAUUUACUAUCUAAACAGUUUUUAACUUUACAAUUCAGUGGUAUUAAGUUUGUUCCUGUUAUUGUUCUACUGUCUCUGUCAUCCAUCCACAGGACUUUUUCCAUUUUGUAAAACUGACUCUGUUUCUAUUGAGCAAUGACUCCUCAUUCCCCCGCUCCUUACAGUCCUGGCAGCCAUCAUUCCGCUGUCUGUCUCCGUGAGUUUGACUCUAAGGACCGCAGAUACUCUAAGUGGCAUCAAACAGUGUUUUUUCUUUAAUGAGAGUGGCUUAUUUCAUUUUGCAUGAUGCCUUCAGUGUUCAUCCAUGUAGCAUAGUACCUAAAUUUCCUUCCUUUCUUAGGCUGAACAAUAUCCCAGGUAUAUAUAUGCAGCAUUUUGUUUGUCCAUUUAUUUACCCAUUGAUGAAUACUUGAAUGGCUCCUAACUUUCUUCUGUUGUAAAUAUUACUGCCACAGACGUGAGUUAUAGAUAUCUCUUGGGUUCUUAGGGGUAUAAUCAGAAGUGGAAUCGAGUUACUUUUGAUUUUUAUUGAACUAUCACAUGCUUAGGUAAAAGUACAUCCAUAUAAAAAUAUAGAGCUUAAUGAGUUUUUGUAAAUUUUGAUAACUUGGUUACACCCAUGAGAACAACAUGUAUUCUGAAGUCCUCUUCUUGCCACCCCCUCUGCUACCUCACCAACCCCAAGAGCAGCUACUUUCCUGACUACCACUGUACCAGCUUAUUACUAAACACUUUCUCAUGGAAUCAUGCAAAAUGUAUGCAUGCAGGAAUGGCUUCACUAGGUGAUAGAGUAUGAUACACUUCAGCUUUAGUAGAUACUACCAAAUUAUUUUCCUAAAAGGGUUGCUCAGUGUGUGUCCCCAUCAGGUGGACAUGAAAGUCCCAGUUGUUUGACAUCUUUAACAGUGCUUGGUAUUUUCUGCUUUUGCAUUUUGGUCAUGAUGGUUGGUGUUGUGCACCUAUUUCAGCAAGACAAAGAAACAUGCCAUUCACUCCAAGGAUUAUAGAACUCAAGGAAAAGAAGUUCUCAGAUGUAAUCCAUGUAUCCAGAUCUGAGUAUGAAUCUAGUGUUUUGUGAUAUGUGAUACUUUUUAUACAGCUUGACCACUGAAAACAUUGAUCAUGACUUUAUCUGUUUCUUAUCCAUCGAUAGUGGUUGUUCCAAAUGUAGAGAAUAAUCUGGUGUGUAGAUUAUUAACUUCAUGUGUGGGUCUCAAAACAUUACAUUUCUGAGCAAUUCUGACCACAUCUUGAUCUCCUCUUUUCAUUGGCUUUGAAACCUAACCUCCCUUGAGAUUUCUCUGUUGAGGGGAUCUAGGAGAUGGGUGAGAUGAGAAGACAGAAUGUUAUACUCUCUCUAGAAAAACAGGUUUACAUGUACUUUAACUAUCUUUGUCUCCAGAGAGGAAAUCGAGGUCCAGGGAAGUCUGCUGAUGUGCCAGGAGUAGAUCUUUGAUUCCAGGCCAGAGUCCUCUCUCAUAGGACAUACAUGAGUCCUCAAUGGCUACCUCUUCUACUCCUGUUUGCAUGGGUUAUUUUCUGAGUUGCACAGCCGUUCCUGAAAGGCUGUGAGGUCAUAUCUGGUUUGUUCAUUUCUCUCAAACUGUGAUGGAAACGGCUUUUUUUGUUUCUGGAAGAAAACAUGUGUUUGCUGAUGAUUUCUCAUGGGCAUUGCACUGGAUGUGCCGCUAUUGGCUGUCAGCCCAAGUCCCACCCUUUCAUACACUACUUGGCCAUGCUUGGGCUGUGAUUCCACCAGCAUGGCUCUGCCAUAGGGGACCUUAGCAGGAGCCUGAGAGGCAGAGAGAGAAAGAAAAGACUUGUUCCUCCCAACCUGUUUCCUCUUCUCUUAGCAUCCCUGCAGCCUUCCUUCUUAACCCUGGCAGGGCUGUUCCUGCGGUCAAAUCAGCUGCUUCUCAGUUCAAUUUGCGGUUGUGCUAAUCUUUGCAGAGGAAGCAUGAUUGUACCCUCACGUUGGAGAUACUGCCACCAGCCGCCCAGGGUUCACUCCUCAGAGGGCAGGGUCCUGGCUGCGUGGAGUUCUGUCUGCGAGCUCAGAAACAGCCACAUUAGCCCGUUGGUGCCCCCUCUGUGGUUGCUCCCCUCCAAGAAACUCCACUCUCUCCCCUCAGCUCCUCCAGCCUUAUGGGAAUAGCUGCUUCCUCCAGUAGCUUCCUGAAUAGGUUAAUUAGUUAACCUAAUUAAUUUUUAUACCCGAUUAACGAUCCUCCCUGCUAAACAAUGAUGACCAGCUGGUGUGGUCUCUGUCUCCUGACUGGAUAUUGACCAAUACAAGUAUUGUCCUGUUACUUCUUCCCUGACGCUCCUCUCCUUUUUGUCCUCUGUGGUGUUAUGUAUUUUUAUGGUCUAAGUUUCACCUACUAGAUGGUUAUUAAUCACAGUUAUAACACUAAUCAUUAAUGCUUCCUGAGUAUCCACUACAUGUUGGGUUCUUGGCUCACUGAUAAACAGGGGCUCCUCACGGAAGCUCUGGCAGGUAAGUACUACAGGUACUUUUAUUUGACAGUUGGGGAAUCCAAGGCUUGUGUAGGUUGUGAUGGUUCAUCCUACAACAGAAAGCAAUAGAGUUGGAAUUUGAACACAGGCAGCCUAUGUAGCACCUGUGUUCUUAAUUAAUAUACUGCUACUUAUGAAAAGAAAUUGCAUGGUUUUAUCUGCUUUGUGUUUUGAAAGAAAAUGAUGUCAUUGAUUUCCUUUUCAGUGGAAUAAGCAGAUUGAAAUGUGAUGCUAAGCCUAAUGAGAAGUUACCCCCCCCAACAAAUGAUCUUUUUCUCUUAUUUAGUUUCAAAAUAUUUAGAAAUGAAUUCAGAAUACAGAUUUACAUGCAAGUUUGAACUUGGUUGCUGAAAAAGUACUUAGGAAAAAUUCUGUCCAUUUAUACCAAGAUAAUUUAACGUGAUUAUCUUUGAGUGGUGUUCCUGUUGGCUUCCUUGUUUUCUAUUUUUCUAUAAUGAGUGUGUAUUUUGAAAUGUUGACGGAAUGACACCUCUGUGCUGGUUUUGAGGUCAGGUUGGUCAACUAAUUACCAAGUGACUUGGGUGAUUAAAAUUAUUUUAGGUUAAAAUUUGUAAUUUAAAAUUUUUCUAAGUUAUACAUACCAUUAUUUAAAGAAAAAUCAUUCUACAAAGUGUGUAAUACAAAAGCAGCCACCCCCUGCUAUUUCCUACUUUCCACUAAAAACUAUGUUAUAUCUCUUAAACUGGUCCAUUCUGUUCGUUCCCUUUAUUUUUCAAAACAUCACAAUUGUCCUUCUAUUUCAUGUUUAAUUUUUAAGUCUCAUUUUUUAAGCAUAAAGGUGUAGUGCUCUUACCAGCUUUUCCUCACUCUGAUCCUGCACAUACAUAUGCACCCUCCCUCCUCUUCCCUAUAUUCAUUAAUCGACUCAGCACGUACUGACCAAGUGUCUGGAUGUGCCAGACACAGCUCUGAUUGCCAAGAAAAAAAGCAAUGAACAAAACAGUCUCUUCCCUUGUAGAGCUUUGCAGAGUUUAAUUUUGCGAUAAGUCACUGUCCACUGUUCCAUUUCGUUAUCACCAAGUAAAUAUUAUUCAUUAGUGAUUACAGUUCCUUUCCUUUGCAGUCUUUUGUUUUCCUUGAAGUCAAUGAUUUUCUUCUCUUUACAUUUUCUAGGUUUUCAGUGUACUGUAAUUCCUCACCAAACACUCUGUCAAAGUGUUACUCUCCUCCCUAUCCCUUCACAUAAGUGUUUCUCUGAAGUCUUCCUCCUACAGCCCAGUGACCUCCUGUUGCAGGCUGGACUGGUAGCUAUCUUGUCCUGCAAUCCCUGUUCCCCCUGGGACAGCUAUCUUAUUAAUUCCUCUGGCUGAUUCCUGCCUAGGAAUACUGAUUACUAAUCUCUUCCUUAUCAAUCACACCCUUGUUUUUCUGAAGUGUGUUUUUUAGUGAGUUUCUCAGAGUAUGGGGAGUAGAUAUUUUGAGACCUUAUAGGUCUGAGAAUUUCUUUGUUCUACCUUCACACCUAAUUAAGAGUUUAGGGAUAUAGAAUUUAGGUUGGACUUUUUUCUUAGAGUUUUAGAAGUAUUAGUACACUAUCCAGCUUUCUCUGAUGUUGGGAAGUCUUGUGGUUUAGAUUAUCAUCCUUAUAAACGACAGAUAUUUUCCCAGCAGUUUCAGAAUUUUCUUUGUCCCUACAGUUUUCUCUAUAUCACACUUCUGUUUAUAGGUUGAACUUUCUGAAUUGAUCUCUAAUUUUUAAAAAGCAUCUAAAAAUAUGUAUUUAUGAGAGACAGAUUGAUAGAUCUCAUCUGCUGGUUCACUCUUCAAAUUUCCACAGUG